AUUUCGUCUUCCGGGAGCCAUAUUUAAUUUAGCGCUUGCACGCUGUGGUCGUUCGUUUAGUUUCGUGACGCCAUAUUAGUUUCUUGUGGAGGCUGAUUGUGAAUAUACAUUAUAUUUGUGUACGUUGGUGAAGAUCUAAUAAAUAUAAACCAAGAUGAGUUACGGAAGGCCGCCGCCGCGUAUCGACGGCAUGGUGUCGUUGAAAGUGGACAAUCUUACGUACCGCACAACGCCUGAAGAUUUACGGCGUGUGUUCGAAAGAUGUGGUGAAGUUGGUGAUAUCUACAUACCCAGAGAUCGGUACACCAGAGAAAGCAGAGGAUUUGCUUUCGUCAGAUUCUACGAUCGUCGAGAUGCCGAAGAAGCUUUAGACUCGCUUGACGGGCGAAUGCUUGAUGGUAGGGAGCUCCGUGUUCAGAUGGCUCGUUAUGGACGUCCCUCCUCUCCAUACAGGAGCCGUUACGACCGUCGUCGCAGCUGA